AUGUCCCCUCCAGCCUGCAGAACGUCUUCGUUUUGCAUGGUGCGGCCACAGAUUUCCCCUGCAGGACGAGCUUUGUGCAAGAGCCGAUAUGACCUUAGGCUGCUGGAAGCCCAAGGACACAUGCAGGCCGCUUGUGAAAGAGGAUUCAUUCAUUUGCGCCUCGCUAGAUUUAGAAGUCUAGCCUUUUUCUUCCUCUUUCAGAUCCGUGCUGGAUCAAGACUCUUGUACAGACCAAUUUCAGCAUCUGUGUUGUCUAGGCCAGAGGUCAAGACUGGAGAGGGCAACUCAACACUUAAUGGGGCCCAAAAUACUGUCUCCCGGCUAGCACUUAGAGAAUUCCAGACUAGUGCUAUCAGCAGGGAUAUUGACACUGCUGCCAAAUUUAUUGGUGCUGGUGCUGCCACAGUAGGUGUGGCUGGUUCUGGUGCUGGUAUUGGAACAGUCUUUGGUAGUCUAAUCAUCGGUUAUGCCAGAAAUCCUUCUCUGAAGCAGCAGCUGUUCUCAUAUGCUAUCCUGGGAUUCGCCCUGUCUGAAGCUAUGGGUCUCUUCUGUCUGAUGGUUGCUUUCUUGAUCCUAUUUGCCAUGUGAAAGGAGAUCUGCCUGUAAUAUUGGCAUUGGAAUGUAACUCUGCAUUUUAUGGGACUCCCAAAAUGUUGGUGUCAUGGAAAUUGAUGCUGUUUCCAAAGUCAUUUCAUUAAAGAUAACAACUUUAACUGUCAA